CCAUAAAUGGAUAGAAGACACAGGAUGAGACACAAUAACUCUCCAACCACAAGACUUGAUUUCAAGAAGCCCUUGCCCAGACCCCCUGCUAAUAAUGACAUAAGCCUGGACUUUGAAGAGACCAUUAACGAACCUAAGCAAGAGAAAGGUCGCGUUUUAAAAUAAAGCAAGAGAUAGAAGCAAUGAAUUAUUUACUCAGAAAGGAGAUAAAAACCGCAUCAUUGCGUUCAAGAAUUACUCUAAAAUAAACCCAGAGCCCAGAGUUGAGCCUAACUACCAAGAUCAGGAUGAAACAGCGUCUUUUAAUAUAAGCCCGAUCGCUCCUAAGGAAGAUAGUUGGAAGGCUUAUAAGACUUGUGCAAUAAAUAAGAAAACUAAGCUUGAGUGCCAGAAGGACUCUAAUCCAUGCACCAAAACGUGCCAACCUGGGUUUAAACCUGAUUAUGAAAUUGCUACUCCUAAUAUAGGAUUUCAUCCAAAGACCAUGACGACUAUUAACCCGUAUUUUGGAUCAAGGCAAGAAGUUAAGCAUGAGAAAGCUUCUGAAGUAGUGUCGUCACCGGAGAUAUCACUGAUUAUGCAUGAGAAUAAUGACUCCUUGAUGUGAGAUAGCUCCGUUGAAAACGUUAUAGAUCAGAAUGAAAAACAUUGCCUCACAAACUCGUCAUUCAAGAGUAAGAAGGCACCCCCAGUGAUACAGAAAGAAUUCAGGCUCAAGAACAAUACCUUAGUAGGCACCAAGUGAAACAAAUGGGAGAAACAUUAUACACGAUCCGUUAAGAUAGAUCUUACAACUGACAAGGGAUCUUCAGACGGGUCUAGAGCUGACUCGAUAAGAUCUCAAAAGAUGACCUGGAGAGAUAAGGCAAAACUAUUCAAAGUCACUCUUCAAAAGAAGCAGAAUAGUGAAAAUGGUGGCCAAGGUAGAAGAACACAUAAGCAAAAGUCAGGCUCUUCCAUGUAUAACAAGACCCAAAGGAUGACAGCCGUUGGGAACGGUAAGAAAAUUCAUCCAGCUUUGGUCCCUCCAAGGAAUAGGAAGAAAAUAAGACUUCAGCAAGAACGAAAUUAUAUUCCAAUUUCUUCACCAGGGAAGAAAGUAAAACCAGAUGAGGAGUCACGGCCAUCAGCUAUUAAAAGGGAUCAUGAUAAUUCUUGGAUGAAGGCAAGCAGUCGAGCUAGUCAUAACUACUCAAUUCAUACCUCAAGGUCAACCAUGAACAGGAGUAUCUCCAGGAGAGAAAAAUCUCUUGAAAAGUCCUUACAAAGAGGCUCUCAAGUAGUUGAUGUUAAAUGAAUCAACUGCGGAAUUUAUAUCCCUGAAGAUAAGGUUGCUUCCCAUUCUCAAGGCUGUGGAAAUGUGAGUACUACUGUGAAGUACUCUCAGAAAUUGAGUAAGAUUACCCAUAUCCAGAGCGAGCUCAGAGGUCUCAGAAAAGCCAUAACGGACACUAUUGAUAACAUCAAGGAGGAAGAUGAUACCCACUAUUUCAUUAAAUUGAGAGAAAUAAUUAGUGAUAUUUUAUCAAUCAAAACUUUUGAUGACAAAGCAUGUGAUUUACUCAAGUUUAUCCAAAAAGACAUCUGCUGCCUCUACGAUACAUGUGAAGGCAACGCUAAUACUAUCCUUUACAUCGAGCGUAUCGCUGAGAUAACAGAUGCCUUAGCAGAUGAGACUAAUCUAAAGACUAACUCUACUGUCAAAACGAAUGGGCUGAAAUCAGCAUUGAAGCCUACUAAGAAAGCAUUCACUGAAAGAAACUCCUCAAUCAACUCUAAAGAUUCUGAAAGAUUGACUUUGCUGAAUACCAGAAAGAACGAGCUGAUCAGUUUGAAAAGGAAGACAUUGGGAUUAAUGAAUCAGCUGAUACAUAAGAAACAGAGGCCUUCUCACAUGAACCUUCAUUCUUCAAGUCUAUAUAAAACAUUUGACAACCCUGACGCUCAUAAGGUCAGGUUUUCAGGUUACACAAGGUCCCAGAAUGUUAGGAAAACUGCCACAAACACCAAUGUUAUGAGAUUAGAGUCAAUGAAUAGAGAAUAUUAUGAAAAUUAA